AUCAUCCCCUGCUCUCUUUAGUCCUUCUUAUAGGACUAUAUUUUAAGCUAUAUUUAUCAAAUUUCAUUCUUCUUUUCGUUAAAAAUGGACUGUACUAACUGCCAUACAUCCUUACAAAUACCACAUGGUGCUCAAUCCAUUCGCUGUGCCAUCUGCCAUGCAGUCAGUCGCAUUGGCAGUCGGCUACAGCUACUAGCCAACAAGUACCAUUAUCCUCAACUCCCUUCGCCUUUUGGCCGAAAGAGAGCUGUGGUUAUUGGUAUUGCGUAUAAAAAUACUGAUGAUGAGCUUGAGGGUUGUAUCAAUGAUGCCAAAUGUAUGAAAUACUUGCUUGUCAAUCGAUUCAAGUUCCCUCAAGACUCCAUUCUCAUGCUAACUGAAGAAGAAAGAGAUAAAAAGAGGAUACCAACUAAACAUAAUAUAAUGAAGGCAAUAUCCUGGCUUAUGCAAGGAGUUAAAGCUGGAGAUUCUCUGGUAUUUCAUUUUUCUGGUCAUGGUUCACAGCAAGAGAAUGACACUGGAGAUGAAAUUGAUGGUUAUGACGAAACACUUUGCCCCUUGGAUUAUGAAAAACAAGGAGAGAUCGUUGAAGAUGAACUAAAUGCAAUACUCGUCAAGCCUCUUCCUCCUGGUGCGAAGCUUCAUGCCAUAAUAGAUGCUUGUCACAGUGGCACUAUGCUUGAUUUGCCGUUCCUUUGUAGGACGAGCAGAAAUGGACGAUAUGUAUGGAAAGAUCAUCGUCCUCCUUCAGGAGUAUGGAAAGGAACAAAUGGAGGAGAGGUUAUAUCCUUCAGUGGUUGCGACGAUCAUCAAAACUCUCAAGAAACAGAAAACUUGUCCAAGGUUACUUCAACUGGUGCAAUGACUUUUUCUUUCAUACAAGCAAUUGAACGUGGACAAGGAACAACUUAUGGGAGUAUUCUAAAUGCAAUGAGAACUUCAAUCCGCAGAUCUAACAGUGAUUUAGGAGGCAAAAUUGUCUCAACUCUUCUCACAAUGUUAAUAAAUGGAGGAAGCCUUGGCAGUGGGAAAAGACAGGCAGCUUUAGUUUAAAAGAGCCCCAGUUGACUGCUAAUGAGCCAUUUGAUGUGUACACCAAGCCGUUUUCGUUAUAGUAAUAUCUUAAGCAAUUCUGGUUUUCAUAUAGUUUGUGUGCAUAGAUACUGAUUGGA